CUGCACAUCCAAAAUGUGAAUAAACAUUAAACAAACACAAUCAAAAUAGGUUGGUUAAAACGACAAAGAAAAGCACGAGAAAGGGAUUAGAGCCAAGAGAAAUAACAAUUUAAUGUAUUUUAACGUUUGACCCCUCGUGGUUUCCGUAGUUUCGGGCGAUACCACAAGAAAGUGGUCGUUACUCAGACAUGAAUCCAAAGAGCGAAUUUGCAUGCGCAUUAAAUAAAUACACAUAGGUUCAAUUUCAUUUUAAAUACUAUUAAAUAGACGACCCAUGACCCACUCUAACCCUCAAUAAAAACAACAACGCUUUAUAAUAUCUCUGUUAACACAAUGGUAUAAUCCAGGAGGUAGGAAGACCUGUGAGACACUUCCAGCCUGUGACAGCGGAGAAACUUGACUUUUACUACAAGAAAAUACUCAACUGAGCCACCAGGAGCAAUCUGUACAAUGUCCUUAAAGCCGCGGGUGGUGGACUUUGACGAGACAUGGAACAAGUUACUGACGACGAUAAAAGCUGUUGUGAUGCUCGACUACGUGGAGAGAGCCACAUGGAAUGAUCGCUUCUCUGAUAUUUAUGCCUUGUGUGUUGCAUACCCAGAGCCUUUAGGUGAGAGAUUAUACACAGAGACCAAGGUGUUCCUUGAGAAUCAUGUGCGGCAGUUAUACAAGAAAGUCAUGGAGUCAGAGGAAAAGGUUUUAGUGAUGUACCACAGAUAUUGGGAUGAGUACAGCAAAGGUGCUGACUAUAUGGACUGCUUGUACAGGUAUCUCAACACACAGUUUAUCAAGAAGAACAAACUCACUGAAGCAGACCUGCAGUAUGGCUAUGGAGGGGUCGAUAUGAAUGAGCCGCUGAUGGAGAUCGGAGAGUUGGCUCUAGAUAUGUGGCGGAAGCUGAUGAUAGAACCUCUUCAAGGUGUGCUCAUCCGGAGGCUGCUGGACGAAAUAAAAAACGAUCGGUGCGGCGAGAACCCCAACCAGAAAGUAAUACACGGGGUCAUCAACUCCUUUGUUCAUGUUGAACAGUACAAGAAAAAGUUUCCACUAAAAUUUUAUCAGGAGAUAUUCGAGGGACCAUUUCUAACAAAAACAGGAGAGUAUUACAAACAGGAAGCCUCCAAUCUAUUGCAGGAAUCCAACUGCUCGCAGUACAUGGAGAAGGUUUUGGGGAGGUUAAAAGAUGAAGAAGUGCGGUGUAGAAAAUACCUGCAUCCGAGCUCCUAUGCCAAAGUCAUCCACGAAUGCCAGCAGAGGAUGGUGGCGGAUCAUUUGCAGUUUCUCCAUGGAGAGUGCCAGAACAUUAUCCGACAGGAGAAGCGAGAUGACAUGGCCAACAUGUACACGCUGUUGAGGGCCGUGACAAACGGGCUGCCUCACAUGAUCCAGGAGCUGCAGGUUCACAUCCACAACGAAGGCAUCCGAGGCACCAGUAACCUUUCUCAGGAAAAUAUGCCAACCCUGUUUGUGGAGUCUGUGCUGGAGGUUCACAGUAAAUUUGUUCAGCUCAUCAACACAGUUCUAAAUGGAGACCAGCACUUCAUGAGUGCUCUCGAUAAGGCUUUGACGUCUGUCGUGAACUUCAGGGAGCCCAAAACCAUCUGCAAGGCACCAGAACUGCUGGCUAAGUACUGUGACAAUCUCCUGAAGAAGUCUGCAAAGGGAAUGACAGAGAACGAGGUGGAGGACAAGUUGACCAGCUUCAUCACGGUUUUCAAGUACAUUGAUGACAAGGACAUCUUUCAAAAGUUUUAUGCCAGAAUGUUAGCAAAGCGGCUAAUACAUGGUUUAUCGUUGUCGAUGGAUUCAGAAGAAGCUAUGAUCAACAAACUAAAGCAAGCUUGUGGCUAUGAGUUCACGAGCAAACUCCACCGAAUGUACACAGACAUGAGCGUGAGCGCCGACCUCAACAACAAAUUUAACAACUUCAUCAAGACACAGGAGACGGUGGUGGACCUGGGAAUCAGUUUUCAAAUUUACGUGUUGCAAGCUGGUGCGUGGCCCCUCACACAUGUUCCCUCCUCCACAUUUGCCAUUCCUCAAGAGCUAGAAAAGAGUGUGCAAAUGUUUGAGUUGUUCUAUAAUCAGCACUUCAGCGGGAGGAAGUUGACCUGGCUACAUUACCUCUGCACAGGUGAAGUGAAGAUGAACUACUUGUCGAAACCCUACGUUGCCAUGGUGACCACUUAUCAAAUGGCAGUGCUGUUGGCCUUCAACAACAGUCUAACGGUGAGCUACAAGGAGCUGCAGGACGGGACUCAGAUGAACGAGAAGGAGCUGCAGAAGACCAUCAAGUCUCUGUUGGACGUCAAGAUGCUCAACCACGACUUGGAGAAGGAGGAGAUUGAAGUCGAAUCUACAUUUUCCCUAAAUAUGAGUUUCACCAGUAAAAGAACAAAGUUCAAGAUCACCACAGCCAUGCAGAAAGACACGCCACAGGAGAUUGAGCAGACGAGGAGUGCCGUAGACGAGGACCGAAAAAUGUAUUUACAAGCUGCUAUAGUGAGAAUCAUGAAGGCCCGCAAGGUGCUUCGACACAACGCCCUCAUACAAGAGGUCAUCAAUCAGUCCAAAGCCAGGUUCAACCCCAGUAUCAGCAUGAUCAAGAAGUGCAUUGAAGUGCUCAUCGAUAAGCAGUACAUCGAGCGGAGUCAGAGCUCUGCGGAUGAGUACAGCUACGUCGCAUAGACUGUGGAUAUGAGUCAGUAGGGGGCGCCAUCGUACAAACAUUCUGCUGUGUGAAGCUGGUCAAGCCUCAUGAAAAGAAACAUCAAAACAGACUCAUAUAUUUAGUUCUUUUUUUUUUUUUUAACAUGGCUGACCACCUCGCCCCGCCCCCACACUCACCACCAUCCGAUUUUUAGCCGUUUACAUCACCAGUGCCACGCACCAGUGUGUCCGACUCGCAAAAGAAAAUGCCUCUGGAGGAAGGAGCUGAUGGACGGAAUCGGAAAAUUGAGACAUCAAUGACACAUUGGCGGCUCAUCGUUAAAACAUGCUCUUCUUUCUCACGUUUGCAGUUGGUGUGUUUUUAUUUUACUUUCCUCGUCAAACGUACUGAACUUAGAAAUUUAUUGUAAUAAAACUGGUAUACUGUCUAUUAUAUCUACUUUUAAAUGUAAAGAAAAAAUGAGGUGACAAACAUGCUGCUUGUCAAAUAAAUAAGUAACACUG